GGGGAAGGGUUUAGCAAGCGGCGCAGCUCCGAAGGGCCCGUGGCAAGAAGCAAAUCGCCUAAUCCCUCUUCAGAUUCCACCCUCUUCCUCAGACUCUCAUCGAUGCUCGCCAUGCUGCCCUCCUUGCCCAUCACAAUGUGAAGCCGUCACAAUCUUCUCCACUAGUUGAAUUUUGUUUUGUGGGGGGUCAGUUAUGGAACUCGUGUCGUUGAAACAGCUCUUUCAGCGCCUCAGCAGCGGGGGACGUUUGCUGGGGCUUGAUGUGGGUAGCCGCAACAUAGGCUUGGCAGUAUCGGAUCCCAAGUGUCGCAUUGCCUCGCCCCAUAGUGUGAUGUAUCGAAGUAAUACCACAACACUGAAAAACAUCAGCCGGCUAGAAAGCUUGGUGCAAGAAAUGAACAUCACUGGGUUGGUGAUAGGCUACCCUCUCGAAUUGACUGGUUUUCAGGGAAAGCAGGGUGCACAAGUGAAACUCUUCGCGAAAGAGCUUCAAAUGAGCGGUCGCUUCCCAAACCUUGCCUAUGUAUACUGGGACGAGCGGCUUACUUCUGUGGCAGUGACGAAUGUGAUAGGGUCAAUGGACAUCACAGGGCGGCGAAGGAAAAACAUUGUCGACAAAAUGUCUGCGUUAUGCAUUCUCCAGGGUUGCUUGGACAGCCUUUCAAGAAUAGAGAAUGGUACUCAUGGUUUUGCUUCUCAACAAUCGUGAAGCUAGAUGAUUUCGUCACCAUCGAUUCUGCGAGUUAUUGCAAGCUUAUUCAACACAAGGUGCUCAAAUCAGUGAACUGGCUUUACGAAGACGACUACAAACCACGAUUCCGGAUUUGUGACUUGAGUGUAGCUUUAGCGUAGUUUUUUGUGUCGCACAACUGGACUUGGGUAAGCCUUGAGAAAAAAACUCGCACUCCAUGAGGAAUAGACUGCAGAUGUCUUUCUUUAUUUUUACUUGAAAACAAUUUCUUUGCUUAUGUUUUGCUAAAAUUACGCGUCCUUGUCUUCAACAAUUUGUUCAGAGAGAUCUGAGGCAUUGAAACAAAAAGUAUAUUGAAAGUUGAAAAAAGAGAGGAAAAAAAGAA